AUGCCUGAGCAAAGCGACGACGUGCGUGUCCUUGGAUACGAUCCAUUGAUCCCGCCCGCACUCCUCUCCUCCGAGAUCCCUAUCCCUCGCCAUGCUGAAGAGACCGUGAUCAAGGGCCGCAAAGGUGCUGCCAACAUCAUCACACAGAAGGAUGACCGUCUCCUCGUCAUGGUCGGACCCUGCUCCCUCCACGACCCCGCCGUUGCCAUCGAGUACUGCCAGCGAUUGAAGGCCCUCGCCGACAAGCUCGACAAGGACCUCCUCAUCAUCAUGCGCGCCUACCUCGAGAAGCCCCGAACAACCGUCGGCUGGAAGGGCCUGAUCAACGAUCCCGACAUCGACGAGAGCUACCAGAUCAACAAGGGUCUCCGAAUCUCCCGCAAGCUCUUCGUCGACCUCACCUCCCAAGGCAUGCCCAUUGCCUCCGAGAUGCUCGACACAAUCUCCCCCCAGUUCCUCGCAGACCUGAUCUCUCUGGGUGCUAUCGGUGCGCGAACCACCGAGUCUCAAUUGCACCGAGAGCUUGCGUCUGGUCUCUCCUUCCCCAUCGGCUUCAAGAACGGCACGGACGGCGGACUCACCGUCGCCGUGGACGCCAUCGGAGCCGCCGCCGCAAAGCACCACUUCAUGGGUGUCACCAAGCAAGGUCUCGCAGCCAUCACCAGGACGGCCGGAAACGAGCACUGCUUCGUGAUUCUCCGCGGUGGAAGCAAGGGCACCAACUACGACAAGGACAGCAUCAAGUCCGUCAGGGAAGCUUUGAAGAAGAAGAACCUCCCCGAGGUCAUGAUGGUCGACUGCUCGCACGGCAACUCCAACAAGAACCACAAGAACCAACCCCUCGUGGCACAGGACAUCUCCGAGCAGAUCCGGAACGGCGAGACCGGAAUCGUCGGCGUGAUGAUCGAGUCCCACAUCAACGAGGGCAACCAGAAGGUCCCCGCCGAGGGCCCCAGCGGCCUCAAGAAGGGCGUCUCCAUCACCGACGCCUGCAUAAACUGGGAGUCCACUGUCGAGGUCCUCGAGAACCUCGCGGCCGCCGUCGCCGAGCGGAGAGCGAACAAGAGCAAAGCGAAUGGUGCCAAUUAA